AAGCGUUCGCAGGGAAUACUAAUCGAUUGGGCGAAGUGAGACGUGAGCGGUCUACACCAUUUCUCAUAUACGCGUAGUUCGACUCGUGUUUGGUGUGACGAAGGGUAUCUCGACUCUUCCAAAUUCCCUAAAAUGGUUAAAAUGGAACAUGAUGAUGGAAAAAAUGAACCAGAACAUGUCAGGAAAUUAUUCAUUGGAGGCCUGGAUUACAGAACAACUGACGAUUCAUUGAAGAAGCACUUUGAAAAAUGGGGUGAAAUUGUAGAUGUAGUUGUAAUGAAGGACCCGAAAACAAAGCGUUCCAGAGGAUUUGGUUUUAUUACUUACUCACGUGCUCAUAUGGUAGAUGAUGCUCAAAACGCAAGACCUCACAGAGUGGAUGGACGCGUUGUAGAACCAAAAAGGGCUGUUCCUAGACAAGAAAUUGGAAGACCUGAGGCAGGAGCAACAGUGAAGAAACUGUUUGUUGGUGGUCUGAAAGAUGACCAUGAAGAGGAAGAUCUCAGACAGUAUUUCCAGAGCUAUGGCAGUAUAAAUUCUAUUAGCAUUGUUACUGACAAGGAAACUGGGAAAAAGCGUGGUUUUGGUUUUGUGGAAUUUGAUGAUUAUGAUCCUGUUGAUAAGAUUUGUUUGCAACGUAACCAUCAGAUACGUGGAAAACAUGUCGAUGUAAAAAAGGCUUUAAGCAGGGCAGAGAUGGCAUCUGCGUCUGGCGGUGGUGGUAGUGGAGUUGGUGGUAGCAGAGGGGGACAAAACGUGGGAAGAGGACCUCGAGGAGGUAAUCAAGGAGGUGGCAAUUGGGGAGGACGAGGCAGCGGUGGAGGAGGUGACUGGAAUAAUGGUGGUAAUCAAGGUGGUUAUGGUGGAGGUAAUCAAGGAGGUUGGGGUGGUAACGGCCCCUGGGAGAAUCAGAAUCAAGGUAAAGGAGGUGGAUGGGGAGGUCAAGGUGGACAAGGUGGCUACAACAGUGGUGGCAAUUGGAGCAACGAUAACUUCGGAGGAGGCUACCAGCAGGGUUAUGGCGGUGGCCCGGUUCGGAACAACUUCAAUUCUGGAGGAAGACCAGCACCUUAUGGACCAAUGGGUGGUGGAAACUCUGGAGGUGGUGGUGGCGGUGGUUAUGGCAACCAAGGAGGCUAUGGUGGCAGUUCCCUAGGAGGUGGGAACAUGGGAGGUGGUGGAGGUGGCGGUGGAAGGAGAUACUAAGCACUUUAUUCGCGGAUACUCCCUCACAUGGUGAACCUUCUACUUGUCUUCUAGUCGCCAGUACUAUCUGUACUGUUUAGUAUCGGAGCAGGCAGGGCUAUAAGGCUAGAGACAAGACCAGGCAGGACAAUCAGGAUACAGGACAGAAAGAGAGAGAAAAAGAGAGAGAGAGAAGCGUCAUCUGUUAGAUCACAGUGAGGGAGGCUUUUGCUUGUAUUUCAUUUGGUAUCUAGCACCUACUAUAUGUUUUACAUAUUUUACACUUAUGUGAAAAAAAACCAAUCGUAUAAUUUUCUAGACCCGUGCUUGCACGUAUCGUGUGGCACACAAAUGAUAUCCGCCAAGAAAACAGAGAAAUGCAAACGAAUUAACUAAAAUGAUUUUGAUUAGUGUGUUUGCUGCUGAAAGUCCAAAGACACGUUGAAACAUGAUUCAUCCACUCGGUUGCUAUGUCUAGGGAUACAUCCGUGCCAUCCAAAAAGCAUCUCUAUUCGCGUGUGCAACUGCGGCAUUUUUCUUUUGUAAAAUAUUUAAUGAAAACGAAGAAAUCAAUUAGCGGCAAAUAGGACGAUUAUGCGGUAGACUUUGGAAAGCACGAUUGUCUCUCUAAUCUAGUGAAAGACGUUAAAAUAGCGGUCCAUGUAAGAAUCUAGGUGUUUUACUACGUUGAUGCAGAAAUUUUUAAUUUCGUAAGAGGAAGAGGUGAUUCUUAUACAGACCAAAAUCUCAGGAUAUACAAAAUGAAAUGUUGUUAAUAUACGAAAAAAAUGAGUAUCGAUGAAUUUAAAGAAAAAUUCAGAUCUAGCAUGAACUAUAAAUGUUGGUUUAGCAUUUUCUUUCGUAGGUUACGCUAGAAUAACGAAUUAUUUUUUAAGUUGUAAUGUUUUAAGAGUUAGCGAAUAAAAAUGACCAGAACCUUUUCCAUGUCACUGUUUCAUUUUUGAAAUAAAAAAGAAAAUUGUCGAUAGCAUAGGAGAUAAGUCAGAGUACAAGAACAACUCGUAUGAAGUGCAAAACAGAAUCUCUAGGAAAGAGCUGUUUUUAGCUAGAUAAGGGCACACACAUUUAAUCGAUCGCUAUACAGGAGUAAUUAACGAAAAAGUCUCUUUGAACCCUCACGUACGAUAGAACAAACAAUUAUUUGUAUUCUUUGUCGAAAACUGUGUAGUCGAUGGAAGCACUAUUAUGGGCUUGAUAUAUUUAUAUGUAUUCACAGUAUUAAAUAAUUUGUACAUAACGCAAAAACCUGUGACCAAUUUUAUGUAGUUCUUGUAAUAUGUAAGAUUAAGAUGUUCGGAUUUGUUGACGAAGGGAUGCGUUGAACUCUAAUGGUUCAUCUAUAAAGGCUAUACAUAUUGUAUAUUGAAAUGCGUACCACAAUGGAUUAACACUUUGUAUUUAAGAACACUAUGCAGAACUUUCAUCAAUAAUCUUUUCCUUUGAACGAUAAGAAAUCUAACUUGCAAUGAAAUAAAAUGAUCUUAGGUUUAAACAGUUUCUCUGUAGUGAAUGAAAUUACCUUAAGUUCUCAUUGGAAUAUACACCUAUCUUUUCUUUUUAAUUAGUAAGUAGACUCCUCGAUUUUCUCAAUUUCUUCGUAUCCCUUUUUCUAAUUAAAUCCAUUGUUUAGAAGGAAUUAAUCAGUGCUGCACCAAUGUAGUCUUAAUUAUCUAGACAACUAUUUACAUUAGAGAAUUGUGUCAGAGAAUAUCACUGAUAAUAAAAAGAUUAACUUAAGGUCACGUUUUUUUGCGAUUUCAAGGUUGUUUAUAUCGUUUUGAAAUAGGACUGCACAUUUUCAUUACUCCGACUAGAAUCUACCUACUAGGAUAAUUCUGAACAAAUUAGGGUAUUUAACGUGAUAUUAUUAUUCAAUCGAAGUAAUUAUUUUACAAGUGGUUUGUUUUUUGUUCAAACAUUCUACAUUAUUUUCUGAUAUUAUAAGUAAUUUUAAUCUUCCUAGAUAUUGUGCAGCACUGAUUAAGAAAUAAAGAUUUCAUUUUGGGAUUUCAA